CAUAGGACAACAUAAAUCUCUGGUAACACCCCAACCCUGUCCCUCUUUAUAACAUUACAUUAUACAUUACCCUAAGAAACAGAUAGAUAGAGAAUAAUGGCAAUUUCAGGGUCUGAGUCAUCACAACAGACUCCAACUUCUACUGUGAAAACUGUUAAUCAGGUAGAAGUUGAGUCAGUGAAAUGUGACUCAUGCGGUUUCACAGAAGAAUGCACACUUGCAUACAUCUCAAAAGUACGUCAGAGAUACCAAGGUAGAUGGCUUUGUGGACUUUGUGUUGAAGCAGUGAAAGAUGAAGUUGUUAGAUCAGAGAGACUCAUCACCAUUGAAGAAGCACUCAAUCGCCAUAUCAGUUUCUGUAAAGAGUUCAGAUCAUCAUCAUCCACUGUUUUGAAUAAAACAGAACACCCUAUCAUUCUCAUGAGUCGAAGAAUUCGUCGGAGUUUGGAUUGCCCUAGACCGCCUCUUCGAUCAAACUCAACCGGAGUUCUUCCUGCUGUUGAUGGUGUUCGUUCUUCUUCUUCGUCGUUGAUUCGAUCAGAUAGUUGCUUCUCAUCAAUAUCUGGUUAAGUUCUUUAGUUUAGACUCUUUUUGUAGUUGGAGGUAAAGCUAAGCAUGAAAUGAAAACUGAAACAUAGAAAUGUUAUUUUUUUUUCUCUGACUGUGACUAAUGUUGAAAUUGAAAAAGGUCUCUUUCUCUUUAUGUUUUGAUUGAUUCAUGAUGGAUCUGUAAUCAGUUUCCAUGUUUUUCACUGUUUUAGAAUUUUCAUGAGGCCAGUCUGAUAUUAAUAACUUUAGUGUUAGACUUUUUCCCCUAUGAUCUUCAAUGUAAUGUAAAUACAUAAAAAAUCUUUUAGACUUUUGUUUAUCAAUUCUUCUAUUUUGCUGUUUCUGUAUCUUCUGUAAAAGAAGAAGAUGAAUUCUAAAAGUUCUUGAAUGUUCCAUAA